AUGGAGUGGAGUAAAGACGAUUGUUUGAUGCUCAUACAAGAGUACCAAAAAUAUAAAUUGUUAUGGGAUGCGAAAGAUCCAUUUCAUUAUUCGAAAACAAAAAAGCACGACGCAUGGUGUUCUCUUGCUAAACUGUUUAAUACAGACCAUGAAGAGGUUAGGAAAAAAAUGGCAAGUCUGUCGGGAUCUUUUCGUAGAGAAAAGGCGAAAGGAAAAAAAUCUAUGGGAACAGGAAAAGGCGCUAUGGAAGUGUAUAUUAGCAAUUGGUUCGCUUUCAAAAGCAUGCUAUUUUUAGCAGAUAAGGAUCAGCCAAGACCAACUUUGAAUACAGAAAGUGUAUGUAUAAAUGUUAUACUAAUAAUAGCAAAUAAUAAUAAAUAA